UUGUUCUUGAACUCGGAUUCUGCCCGCCAUUCUACAGUAUGCACAUGCUUCUCACGCUUCAAAGGUCCUUUUUAUUGUAUUUUCAUUCAACUUUCAAGCUUCUGAAUCGGAACGAUGAACAAAAAAGAUCGUUUUGUAUAAGAAUGCUCCCAGUCAUCUCUUACCGGUCAGAAAAAACACUCGCUUUCCACCCCCAACCUUUUUAAUCCUCAAAAUGAACAUGGACGCGACCUGGACGGCUCUAACAGAGAUCAGAGAUGCGGGACUCUACUUGAUGAAGAAUAUAAAUACACCUUCUGGUGAAGGAGAACAGGCCAUCCUCAUAUCCAUCUACACCAGAAUGCUGCUUCUGUUGACCCACCAUCUCUUUACUGUUCUUUCAGUACCAUUUAAAGGCCUUCUCGAAAGAUUACUGCAAGAGUUUCCGCCUAUCGACUUUACAGCACCCGUUGAUCCAGCUCGACACGCCGAGAGUUAUGAUCUUCGCCUUGACUUUCUACGAUUACUCCUUCCAGAGAAAAGAAUCGUUGAUGACGCAGUAUGCAUAAAACUCGUGCAAGAGCUUAUCCCUAGAUUGAUGCUUGUCGUGAAAAAGAUUCCGCACGACACGUCCAUUUCCAACGAGGAUUGGAAGCUCUUGCGACGCGAUAGCGAAAUUGUCUUCAUGGAGAUGGUUAUGAGCGACCUUCUACGAGAAUUCCCUUGCCUUGGAGAGGAUGACAUUGAGGCGGGGAGGACCGACGGCAGCCCUCGCUGGUACCGUUUAUUUCGAGACGAGGACGAGAACAGGGAUCUUUUCGAUGACGAUGAAGAGAUGUCGGACGCAGAGACUGAUUCUACCUUGUUUGUCUCGCCCGCCCUCAUAGACGAUAAACAGCUAUUCGAAGAGGACGAUGCAAUUGAAGCAUGCGAAACUCCAACUUGCUACCGAUUCUUCAUCGAUCCUGUCGUCCCCAGACGAGCACCGCCGAGCGGCGAGAGCGGUCAGCCUUUGGAUUUGCGGACUAGAAUGCUGAUGGAGAAACUUGCGGAGUUUUUAACCAACCGUCAGAGUGACAUACUGCAAUUGGCGGUGCUUUGACCUGUUCGUGGACGUGGAGAACAUCAUUCGGGCAGCUUGAAUUGAACACCCCGCACCAUUCCAUGAUUCUAUCUUUCAAGUAUACCCACUGGUCUGUAUGAUAUCAGUAUUUUAUAGUCAUUCGUGCUCAAAUUGCUGGCGCGUCCU